CUUGGUCAGUUGAUCUACAGAGCUCAGACUGCUCUUCAGAGUUAAUUUAUUUUAAAUUAUAUUUUCAAUAUAAUCAUUGUCAAUCCUUUUAUAUGGUAAAUUGUGUUUAUUUAUUGUUGUGCAACUGUACACCUACCUGCGUUGUAUGCGUUCAAAUUUAAAAAAAAGUAUAGUCAUAUCAUUCAAAAUAUUGGAGCAAUCUACAAUUAUUUAAUGACAAAUAAAACUUAGUACCAUUAAUAAAGAUGUCUGUGUUAUUGAGCAGUAUUCAGCAAGCUACAGAAUGGGUAGAACAAAAUACAGAUCCUAUUGUUAAAGAUCUUUGGUUUAUGGGAUCAAUAUGGCCAAUUACAAUUGUAGUGAUUGCAUAUUUGUACUUUGUUCUUAAACUUGGACCGGAAUUUAUGAAGUUUCGUAACCCUUACAACAUUGAUCGCAUUGUUAUGAUUUAUAACGCCAUACAAGUUAUAUUUUCUUUGUACUUGGUGAAAGAGGCAUUUAGACUGGUGUGGCUGCGAGAUGAUUACCGAUUCUAUUGCAUUGAAAGAAAUAAAGAGGACCCUGAUAUAGCAAACCAACAAAUAUAUUCAGUUUGGCUGUUCCUCAUUAGUAAAUUUCUGGACCUCCUAGACACAGUUUUUUUUGUACUAAGAAAAAAACAAAGUCAAAUAACGUUUUUACAUGUUUACCAUCAUACUUUGGUUAUAACAUUCGGCUGGUAUUUAACUAAUUUUUAUCCAGGAGGACAAGUCGCAUUCUUUGGUACCAUUAAUGCAUUUGUGCAUGUUAUAAUGUAUAGCUACUACUUUUUGACUAUAAUAAACCCAGAAUACAAAAAAGCCUGGUGGAAAAAAUAUUUAACGACUAUACAACUGGUGCAAUUUGUCAUUACUGGACUACAUGCAUUAAUUACGCUAUUUGAGCCUGACUGCGAUUUCCCAAGAUUCAUAAUGAUAUUAGCAAUUCCACAAGAUAUAUUUAUGUUUAUUUUAUUCUGGGACUUUUAUAAAAAAGCAUACAUUAAACCAAAGAAGAUUAAACAAUGAUGAAUUUGCAAAAGAUUAUAAAAUAAAAAUAUUUAUUAUUUA